GCUCUCGUUUCAGGUGCUCCAAAUGCUCUCUUUUUUAUAUACGAAAAAUGAAAAAAUCCUGAGUGAAAUGCUUUUUUGGUGAAACAGUUUUUGCAAUGGCAACAGUGUCUGAUUUAUUUUUGGAUAAAAGUGAACAUCUUCUAUUUUCAUAUGAGCUAAUUCGACAGAAUUCGAGAAAGCAGAAACGCGCAACAUUAUUUUUCAAUUCUUGCAUGGGGUUGACCACGUAACAGGUAGACAACGCCCCGCACGCAGCUUUGCUCAGCUGCGGGUUACUUUUACCUUCAGCCACCUAGCGGUAACUUAAGAAGCUCGAAAGAUUUUUGAUAAAAAAUGGGUGACGACGAGGAUGAAGGGGAUUCAAAGCGCUUGCGCCGAAGUGGAAGUUCACAAUCAAAUUCAUAUAAUUCUGCAAAAAUGAGUUUGCAAUAUGGAUCUAAGCAAACACUGUAUAAAAGUCUACCAGACAUUUCAGAACCAAGUAAUGGGAACAAAAAUUUAGUUGGAAAUGGCUUAAAUUCUCAAAAUCCGGAACCUGGAGGUGAAACUGCAAUUGGCACUACUGAAAUUAUGCUUGAGGAUAUGGAAGAAAAUUGCGACCUGAACGGUCAAGGUUGGGGAUUGAAAAACGAGAUGUCAAAUUUAUACUUCAGAGACAAAAUUCGAAGCAUCGACUUUGUUCUCGUCUACGACGAAUACGACCGAGAAGCCUUGACAUAUCGAAGCCAAAAAUUCAGGAGGGCGUUCGACGCAAAUUUGGGGAAAGAAGGAUUAGAAAUAGAAUAUGAGCCUCCAGAAGCAAACGGACUUUGUUUUUUGAAGAUUCACGCUCCUCGUGAAGUGCUGAGAAGAUAUGCAGAGAUUUUAAAACUCAGAUUGCCAAUGAAAGAAGUUCCUAGACUAAGAGUCGCUCAAACUCGUGGAAAUGCGAUUUUCGAUGAAAUGAAUUCCUAUAUUGAUAAAAUCAUGAAACACUAUUAUGUAGACACGACUAUUUUUCCUACGUUGAAACACCGGUUUACGGCUGUUUAUAGCAGGGAUAAGGAGUAUUUGUUUGAUUUAGAAUCUCCAGAAUUCUUUACUCCUGCUACAAGGUCGAGGAUCGUUCAAUUUAUUCUGGAUAGGACUAAGUUUACUGAAGAAAAGGAUGAAGAUUUUGGUUUUGGGAUUGAGAGACUGAUUUCAGAGAGAGCUUAUGCUGCUGCUUAUCCUUUACAUGAUGGUAGUCUCAAAACUCAAGAUUCUCUGCGUUACCUUUUGUACACUGAAUGGGCCAGUAUAAGAAAGUGUCUUCAUUAUCAGCCUCUCGACUAUGUUAAAGAGUACUUUGGUGUGAAAAUUGGCCUCUAUUUCGCCUGGCUUGGAUUUUACACCCACAUGUUGAUUCCAGCCAGUAUUGUCGGAGUUCUUUGUUUUUUAUAUGGCUGUUUUACUUUGAACUCUGAUGAACCAACUGAAGAUGUUUGUAGACGAAAUAUGUCCAUUAAAAUGUGCCCACUUUGCGAUAACUUUUGUCCAUAUUGGGAUCUGAGGGAAACUUGUCUUCAUGCGAGAGUGACUUAUUUAUUUGAUAAUCCGUCGACCGUCUUUUUCGCAAUUUUCAUGUCUCUCUGGGCUACUCUUUUUCUGGAGCUAUGGAAAAAAUACUCCGCUGAAAUUACACAUCGAUGGGAUUUAACGGGUUUUGAUGUUCAGGAAGAACAUCCUAGGCCACAGUACUUAGCUCGUCUAGCACACGUUAAAAAGAAAAGAGUAAACUUGAUCACUGAUAAUGCAGAACCACGAGUUUCUUUUUGGAAAACCAAAUUACCAGCGACGAUUCUCAGUUUUUCGGUUGUUUUAUUAAUGAUAGCGGUGGCAAUGGCUGCAGUCUUGGGCGUAGUUUUGUACAGAAUAUCAGUUCUCUCUGCUCUGAGUUUCUAUGGACAUCCAACAGUUACAAGUUAUGCCAUUCUUUUUACGACUUCCACUGCUGCUUGUAUAAAUUUAUGUUGUAUCGUGGUUUUCAACUGGGCUUAUGUUUGGCUGGCAGAGCAAUUGACAGAAGUUGAACUUCCUAGAACACAAACCGAAUUUGAUGAUAGUUUAACACUGAAGAUAUACCUCCUCCAGUUCGUCAACUACUAUGCUUCUAUUUUUUAUAUUGCAUUUUUCAAAGGCAAAUUCGUGGGUUAUCCAGGGAACUAUACUCGCUUUUUAAAUCAUCGACAGGAAGAAUGUGGACCGGGGGGUUGUCUCAUGGAACUUUGUAUCCAGUUGAGUAUAAUCAUGGUUGGAAAACAGGCCAUGAAUACAGUUUUGGAAAUGCUUUUUCCGCUUUUUUAUAAAUGGUUGAAUACCGUCAAGGUCCAUAUGAGUUCCAAGGAGGAACGAAAAAGCAGAAAAUAUUCUUCAAGUACUUUUCUUCCAUGGGUGAAAGACUAUAAACUGGUGACUUGGGGACCCAGAAGUUUGUUUCCAGAAUAUUUGGAAAUGAUAUUACAAUAUGGGUUCGUAACAAUCUUCGUUGCUGCUUUUCCACUCGCUCCGUUUUUUGCUUUGCUCAACAAUAUUUUGGAAAUGAGAUUAGAUGCUCGAAAGCUGCUGACAAUGUACCGAAGACCUGUUGGCCAACGAGUCAGAGAUAUAGGAAUUUGGUACAAAAUUCUCGAUUCUAUCUCAAAACUUUCUGUUGUUACAAACGAAACAAUAGUCGCUCAACAAAUUCCGAACAUAUUGAUAUCUGCUAUUAUCCGGAUUAUAGAGAAAAUGCAGAAAAUAUUAAAUACUCGAAUGCAUUCUGGCAUAUUUUAGCAGCAAGACUGGCGUUUGUCGUUGUUUUUGAGAAUAUCGUGGCUCUUGUCAUGAUUCUAGUCCGCUGGUGUAUUCCCGAUAUGAGUCCUCAACUUCGCAAUCGAAUUCGACGAGAGGCCUACAUUACUAAUGAGAUAAUAAUCCAACAUGAAGCUCAAAGAGCUUGCAGAAAACGUGGAAAUCCCUGCGAUCAACUAUCCUCUGGUGUACAAGAACACAAAACAGAUCAUUGGAAUCGGGUUCUCAGAGAUUCAAUUUCAACUUUCGAUUUUGAUCUCGAAGUUCAUGGAGACAGCGGAGAUUAUGUUUCAGCAGAAACGAGAUAAGAAGAAAUUGAGUAUUUUUGAUACCUAACUUUUAAAUGCACUUUACGCUCUUCAAAGGACUCUUGAUUCAUAAUUAACUUGAAUAUCUCUUUAUAAUCAAUACUUUAGUGUUGAAUCUUCAUUGAUCAAGAAUUAACUUACUCCUAAGACUUUUUGUUCAAUUCAUAGAGUGGUCACUAAAAUCUAGGGAAAAGUCCCCGUUGAUUUUUCGGUAUUCCAAGGUCUGGAAUACUUUUUUCCUAGUCAUUAAAAUUAAAUAAUUUUUUAUUUGAUGUAUUUAAAAGUAAGAAAUUUUAGGACUAGACAUUUCAGAUUGAAUGAUUAAAAAAAUUUCAUUCUUACAAAUUGAAUAUUUUAAAUAAAAAAUGUCAAAAGAUCCGGUGGCCAACUGCAUUAUCAAAGCAGUUUAAACAACUUUAUGACUAGUUUUUUAUAUUUAGAACCUCUUGUUACUAUUCACUUAAUUCUGACUGUUUUUAUCGUCCAGUUUGUUACAUUAUAACUAUGAUAUUUAUUUUGGAGAUGGGAAGUCCGCCCUUUGUGAUACAAAAUAUUGAUAUUUAGCAAUGUUUAUAGUUAAAAGAUUGGCGGUCUAUUCACUAACUUAAUUAAUUUUUAUUUACGUAUAAGAUCAAUAUAUAAAUUGUAUAUUUAAUUAUAUAUGUGAAAUCUACGGCAUUUUUAUGUUAAAUAAUCUGGUUUACAAUGUUUACAUUAUUAAAAGUGAGAAAUAUUUCAUAUUCUAAGUGCAUAUCGAUUAUUGCGAACUAGAUAUUUUCGUUUUUGUUCAGAAAUAAGGCCCACUUAAGUAACUUUUAAUCCCACUUCCUAUUUUGAAAAACUUGAUUUUUUUAAU